AUGGGGCUUCAUUUUAGCAGAUUUGGUAUUGCAGCCACAUUCAUGGGGCUUCAUUUUAGCAGAUUUGGUAUUGCAGCCAUAUUCAUGGAGCUUCAUUUUAGCAGAUUUGGUAUUGCAGCCAUAUUGAUGGGGCUUCAUUUUAGCAGAUUUGGUAUUGCAGCCAUAUUGAUGGGGCUUCAUUUUAGCAGAUUUGGUAUUGCAGCCAUAUUCAUGGGGCUUCAUUUUAGCAGAUUUGGUAUUGCAGCCACAUUCAUGGGGCUUCAUUUUAGCAGAUUUGGUAUUGCAGCCAUAUUCAUGGAGCUUCAUUUUAGCAGAUUUGGUAUUGCAGCCAUAUUGAUGGGGCUUCAUUUUAGCAGAUUUGGUAUUGCAGCCACAUUCAUGGGGCUUCAUUUUAGCAGAUUUGGUAUUGCAGCCAUAUUGAUGGGGCUUCAUUUUAGCAGAUUUGGUAUUGCAGCCAUAUUGAUGGGGCUUCAUUUUAGCAGAUUUGGUAUUGCAGCCAUAUUGAUGGGGCUUCAUUUUAGCAGAUUUGGUAUUGCAGCCAUAUUCAUGGGGCUUCAUUUUAGCAGAUUUGGUAUUGCAGCCACAUUCAUGGGGCUUCAUUUUAGCAGAUUUGGUGUUUCAGCCAUAUUCAUGGGGCUUCAUUUUAGCAGAUUUGGUGUUUCAGCCAUAUUCAUGGGGCUUCAUUUUAGCAGAUUUGGUGUUUCAGCCAUAUUCAUGGGGCUUCAUUUUAGCAGAUUUGGUAUUGCAGCCACAUUCAUGGGGCUUCAUUUUAGCAGAUUUGGUGUUGCUGCCAUAUUGAUGGGGCUUCAUUUUAGCAGAUUUGGUGUUUCAGCCAUAUUCAUGGGGCUUCAUUUUAGCAGAUUUGGUAUUGCAGCCACAUUCAUGGGGCUUCAUUUUAGCAGAUUUGGUGUUUCAGCUAUAUUCAUGGGGCUUCAUUUUAGCAGAUUUGGUGUUGCAGCCAUAUUGAUGGGGCUUCAUUUUAGCAGAUUUGGUGUUUCAGCCAUAUUCAUGGGGCUUCAUUUUAGCAGAUUUGGUGUUGCAGCCAUAUUCAUGGGGCUUCAUUUUAGCAGAUUUGGUGUUUCAGCCAUAUUCAUGGGGCUUCAUUUUUGCAGAUUUGGUGUUUCAGCCAUAUUCAUGGGGCUUCAUUUUAGCAGAUUUGGUAUUGCAGCCACAUUCAUGGGGCUUCAUUUAGCAGAUUUG